UAUUCACAGAAAAUAAACCACUUUUCGGGGAUGGUGGAGAUUUGCAGAAAGGAUUUCCUCAAUCGUAAUUUAAUGAAGAUGAGAAAAUUGUUCCCGAAGGAAUACAAUUUCUUCCCCAAGACAUGGAAUCUUUCAGCCGAGUUGUCCCCGUUUGUCACGUGUUGCAGCUACGGGGAUCUUCAGAUGUACAUGUCCCCUCUCCUUAUUGAUGGGUUCAAAUUCGAUCUGCGACUGUAUGUUUUGAUAACCUUCUGCGACCCUUUGCGAAUAUUUUUGUACAACGAUGGACUGGCACGAUUCUGCACAGAAAAGUACAGCGAACCAACAAUAAAAAACAUGGCAUGUUGUGCACUUUACGUGAAUAAUGUCAAUCUAUCGCCCAGUUUCCACACCGAUCAUCCUAUUGAUGUAAAAAUAAAGGAAUCCCUUUUGUUGGAGACUUAUUCGCUCAUUUCCAUUGGAUCUUUCAAAAAAAAGAAACCUAACCUUGAAGAGAAAAGACGGAUGCAGGAAAGACUAACGAACAACGACGUUUUUAAGAUUAACAAGUACAGUGCUUUCAAACAGUUUUUCAGAGAUGAAUUAUUGCGGAAACAAGAAGAAUUUCAGUUGAAAUUACAAGUUAUGGAAAAUAGAAGACUUAAUAAUUUUGUCCGAAUUUACCCCAAAGAAUGUGACCAAGCCAAAUACGACAAGUUUUUUGACAGCAUUGGAUCUCUGUAUAAAGAGACUGCUGCUUACAGGGCAAGACUGAGUUGUGCAAAGUGGAUAUUUUCAGUUAAAUUUUUAGACAAAUGCGAGAGAAAUUGGUCAACGAGAAAGACAAAAUGUACAGAAAAACAAAAAAGUCGCCCAUCAUUAAACCAAACCUGUCAGAAUGUUCGGAAAGUGUUUUGUAUCCAAUCAAAAAACAGAAAGAAAUACAAUCAAAACGAACUAAAUCUGAGCCUAAUAAAGUCGAAUUCCUUUUUAAAAAUCAGUUGCCCAAUCAUGGUCGUAUAAGGGCGUCUUCUCGGGCUUCGGCAGUCGGAAUUCGGAAUGAUUCAGCACUUCAGAAUCAGCUAUUCGAACCACUCAGAGAAUUCUCAUUAAGAAAAGAGAGUGCCAGAAGAUACAAGAACGAUGAAAUAGAGACUCUAAAAAACCCGAAUACGUUGUAUUGGAGCCUUUUCGGACCAAAAUCCAGCGAAACUGAACGAUACACUGACAUCCGAG